AUGAAGGAGCUUGGGAUUCGGCGGAAAGCCUUCCAGGACACCGGAAAUGCUGUUCAUAGCUCCGCCCUACAAGAGGUUGAGCAAGAAAAGGAGGUUGCGUUUGAGGUCGAGACCAUCCGUGAAGUGCAAAAGCAGGAACACUACUCACCGUUAACAUUUAGAGGCCUUCAUAGGGACAUUGCCGUAUUUAUAAACACUGGAAGACUUACUGCGGAUUCUGCAGGUUAUGAACAGUGGUUCAUGGCUCUUCGGCAUACCACCCUGGGCCAAAAACAUGGGAUCAGGAGUGAAGCGAUGACUUCCAAACUAUAUGUUUCGGCAGAAUUUGCCAGGACUUUGAGCUUCCCAUUGGCUCGCCUCGCUGAUAACUUCCAGGGAACGUCAAAGGAAGCAGAGCAUCUAUUUCCACUCAUCUGCGACGCUAAGCGACCAACCACACACUUACUCACCUACGCCGCGUCAGUGACGCGCAAAAUGCUCCAUUUCAACAAACUUGAUUACUUUGCCGUGCCCAAUCUCCCUCCAGGAUGGGAGGCGCCAACAUGGCUCACUGUUGAGCUUGGUUUCUUCGCAGGUCGGCUUUACUUUGAAUACAAUGAGUACAAUAAUAUAAACCAGUAUCUUGGAUCCUAG